CGGCGCGGAGCGGCAGGGGCGGACCCGGCCGGGCCGAGCCCGGCCAGACAGCGGCGGAGAGUGCCACGACUCCACACGGCCGAGGCGGCGAGGGAGGGACCGAGAGCCGGCACGGAGAUGUCACCUUGGCACCUUGCCAGAGUGUAAGCUUUGGAUUACAAGGGGUGCAGUACUUGCAGAGAGCAUCUCUUCCCACCUGCAGCACCUAUCCAGACCCAGAGGAGACAACAGGCACAGAAGAAUAAGGCCAGGAUGGACGUGUAUGACCCUCAGACACUGGGAGUGAUGGUCUUUGGAGGUUUUAUGGUGAUAUCAGCCAUUGGGAUCUUCUUGGUGUCCACCUUCUCCAUGAAAGAGACAUCUUAUGAAGAAGCCUUGGCCAAGCAACGCAAAGAACUUGAGAAGACCCAGCAGCAGAAAAUAGAGAAAAAGAAGAAAGAGAAACCUGUUGAAAAGAAAGGAAAAGCAAAGAAAAAGGAAGAGAAGCCUAAUGGAAAGAUCCCGGAGCAGCAGCCGACUCAGGAAGGGACAAACUCUCCCAAGGAUGUGGUUCUUGAGCCUGCUGUGGUGCCCGCGCCUGUAGCUGUUGAGUCUCCAGUUGCAGCAGUCUCAGUGCCCCCCCAGGAAAAGGAGAAACCUACUCCAUCGCCUAAGGAGAAGAGGAAGAAGGAGAAGAAGGUGGCAAAGGUAGAGCCUGCUCCUAGCCCAGCCUUGGCUCAGCCUCCUGUCAGCAUCCCCAAAAGUUCUCCUGUCUUGGAGAUGACCCCUAAGGAGGUGCCAGUUGUGGCUGUGCCACCGGUUGGCACGCAGCAAAGUGCUCCAGUCAUCAGCUCCACUGUCAUCAAGAAAGCUGAUGGUCUUCCAACCCAUGAGGAGCAGAAGCCUGAUGGACUUGUCAAGAAGAAGGCAGCAUCCAAGAAAAAGAGCGAGCCAGUACAUGCAGACUCAGAUGGACCCCUCUAUCUGCCCUACAAGACACUUGUGUCCACCGUCAGCAGCAUGGUCUUCAGCGAAGGGGAGGCCCAGCAGCUCAUCGAGAUCCUUACAGAGAAAGCAGGCAUCAUCCAGGACACCUGGCACAUGGCCACACAGAAGGGUGACCCAGUGGCUGUCCUGAAGCGCCAGCUGGAAGAGAGGGAGAAGCAGCUCACUGCUGAGCAGGAGGACACGGCUGCUGCCAGGAACAAGCUGCGGGAGCUGAGCAAGGAACUGGCAGCAGAGCGAGCCAAGGCAGUGUCUGUGGAGGGCAAGCUGAAGGAGCAGCUGCUUGCCCAGGAGCGGGAGAUCGCAGCGGUGCAGGCACGCAUGCAGGCCAGCUACCAGGACCAUGUCAGUGAAACCCAGCAGCUCCAGGGCAAGAUCCGGAGCCUGCAGGAGCAGCUGGAGAACGGCCCCAACACGCAGCUGGCUCGCCUGCAGCAAGAGAACUCCAUCCUGAGAGAUGCCCUCAACCAGGCCACCAGCCAGAUGGAGAGCAAGCAAAACGCUGAGCUGGCCAAGCUACGUCAAGAGUGCAACAAGCUGGUGAAAGAGCUGUCGGAGAAAUCAGAGAUGCUGCAGCAAGUGGAGCAGCAGAGGAAGAGCUGGGAGAUCAAAGCAGCAGCCUCAGAGAAGCAGAUGGAGCAGCUGCAGGCUUCACAGAGGGAGGUGGAGGCAACGCUGCAGAAGAGGCUGGAUGAAGUAAGCGAGGAGCUGCGCAGAACCCAGACCAGCUACAAAAGCUUGUUAGCAGAUGCAGAAAAGGCCAAAGGACAGCAGCAGAGCAUUGCUGAACUGCAGGCCAAGCUGCUGAGCUCUGAAGCAGAGGUUAAAAGCAGGCUACUGGAGCUGGACAACGUAAAGGGGAAACUCCAGGAUGCCAGCUCAGAGAACACAAAGCUCCUGGAGAGGAUCAAAUCCAUCGAAACUCUGCUAGAGGCAGGCCAGACGAGGGAGGCAGAGAAAGACAGAGAAUUGCAGGCAGCCAAUGAGGCAGAAGUGAAGCAGCUGCAGUCAAGGCUGCAGGAGAAGACAGAUAAGCUCUCAUCCUUGGAAAGGGAAGCCACAAAGCUGCGGGAGGCAGCGGAGCAGGAGAAGACGAAAAACAACGAUCUUCGUAAGAAGAACUGGAAAACAAUGGAAGCUUUGAGGGCAACAGAGAAGACAUGUGAGGAAAAGCUGCUUGCUGCUGCAAAAGCAAAGGAAAAGCUGUCCCAGCAGCUGGAUGCUCUCCAGACACGAACCAAGCAGACGCUGCUCUCUGCCCUCCCUGGAGUCACCCUAUCCUCACAGCAGACUCAGGAUUAUGACACGUGGUUACAGGAGUUUAGCAAGGCCUUGGAUGCGCUAAAGCAGCGCACGAUUCCAGCGGCGGUCCCAGAUUCAGCAGCACUUAAAUUAAAAGAGGCAGAGGAAGCGCAAAGCACUUUACAAGCAGAAUGUGAGCAGUACAGAACUAUCCUUGCAGAGACAGAAGGGAUGCUGCGAGACCUGCAGAAGAGCGUGGAGGAGGAGGAGCAGGUGUGGAAAGCAAAGCUCAGUGCGUCCGAGUCGGAGCUGCAGAAGUCGCAGCUCCAGCUGAAAUCCCUUGAAGACAUGGUGGAGAAGUUGAAAGCAGAUCUACAGAGCACAGACCAACUAAAGGAAUACACCUCUCUUCUGGAAUCACAACUGGAAAAUCACUUGGAGACAGCCAGCUCUGAACGCCAGAACUACACAAAGGAAGUUGAAGUUUUGAGGCAACUCUUAUCAGAGUCCCAGGAGCAGCUGGAGGCAGCAAAGACAGAAACUCAGAAGCAGAGCAAGGAACUGGCCCUGGUCAGGCAGCAGCUGAGUGAGAUGCAGAGCCAUGUACAGGAUGGAGUGGGGUUAGAAGCUGACCCAAGUGAGCCUGCGCCCCUCGAGUUAAAAACCCAGCUGGAGCAAAAUGAAACGCUGGUGGAGAAGGAGCAAGUGCUGCGGCAAAAGCUGUCACUGGAGCUGGAGGAGGCCCAGAGGUCAGCCUGCAGUUUGCAAGCAGAACUGGAAAAGCUGAGACUGUCUGAAAAUGCAGCAGCUUCACACACAGAAGAGGCCCAGCUUCUCAAGGAAAGACUUGAAAAAGAAAAGAAAUUAACAAAGGACCUGGGCCAGGCAGCGACCAAGUUACAGGAGCUGUGGAAGGCGGCACAGGACCAACUGGCCAAAGAGAGAGAAACAGUCAGGAAGUUGAAAGCGAAGCUUCAGGAAACGGAGGAAGAGGACAGCUCAAAGGAAGGGACUUCAGUUUGAUGAGUCUGUGGCCUAGACCUUACUGUUCAACUUACCAAAAUGCCUUACACAUUCCUCAAGAUAAGCAAAUAUACUCUGAAUUUACUGUAGAGAAAAGGUACAAGCCAUUAGUCACCCAAAGCCUACUUUUGAAACUUUAAACAGCCCACCCUCAAACCCCCACCCCCCAAAACCAGCAACCCUCCCUGCAGUGGGGGCUGUGUUGGUCAGAAAGUCUUCAUCCCGUUUUGUACAACCCUUGGUCUCCUGGGGCGCUGCUCCUGGCUUCACCUUCCUGUCCGUGGCAGAAGCUGUGGCGGUGUGGAAAGGGAAGCCCUGUGUUUGUACAUCAGCUGGUGCAAUUUUGUGUUAUUAUUAUUACUGGGGUGUUCCUGGAGUGAAAGGAGGUGUGAAAGUGAAGGCCAGCCAUGGAAGGAGGCCUCUCUUUGAUGAGUGGCUCUUGGCAUGUAGCCUUUGGGUCUGUUUCUGGGUGGUGAUGAGAUUAAAGUGAUGUACUGAAAA